AUGGUUGACAUGUAUGUUGAAAUUGAAACUUCAGCUUAUAUUUCUGAGAUUCUAGGCAAAGAUAAGCUACAGAGGAACUCGGUGAUGGUCAUCCGUUUUGAUAUAGUAUUAAGAAAAGUAGUAUUACACAGAGGCGGAGUGGUGCUUCUUUAUGCUUCUAAAUAUGACGAUGUUAAAUUAGUUGUCAACAUCUCUGGACGCUGUGAUCUGAAGAUAGGAGUUGAAGAAAGACUUGGAAAAGGUUAUAUGAAAAGAAUUAAGAAGGACGGUUUCAUUGAUGUGAAGAAUAGGUCAGUAAUGUAUGAUAGGGUCCUUACAGUUCAUGGUUCUUCAGACACUGUUAUUCCUGUUCAAGAUGCAUUGGAGUUUGCCAAGAUUAUACCAAACCACAAGUUACAUAUCAUAGAAGGUGCUAAUCAUUUAUACACUAAUCAUCAAGAUGAGUUGACCUCAGUUGUCGUGAACUUCAUAAAGGAAAACUUGCACCAAGAUAGUGGUGCUGAUAGCUAG